GACUUAACCUCGCUGAAUUUCGCGCACGCAUGCAGGGUUGCGGGAUAGGAAAGAAGGUCCAAACGUCCGGAUUCGCAUAUAAUUCCUCGAGGGAAACCGACAUUCAUUUUUAGGAGAAUUAAGAAAAAUAAAUGUACAUACGUACGUUGAUAAGGACGAGACGUCACUGAGGAAACGUGUUCAAGAUAAUAUUUUGACGUGAAUAACCGGCUAAUUGAAUGCGUUCGAUAAUCUUUAAGGCAGUGGUGUGUCACGGAAAAGCAACAAAAUGUUUAAGAAAUUUGAUGAGAAAGACAGCAUUUCUGGUGUACAGCAAUUGAAGUCAUCUGUGCAGAAAGGAAUUCGCGCAAAACUUUUAGAAUUGUAUCCUCAUCUGGAGAGUCAUAUAGAUGUUAUAAUACCAAAGAAAGAUGCCUUUCGUAUUGUGAAAUGCCAUGAUCAUAUAGAGAUCAUAGUUAAUGCGGUAGGAGAUUUGUUAUUCUUUCGCCAACGUGAAGGUCCUUGGAUGCCUACUUUGAGAUUAUUACACAAGUAUCCAUUCUUUCUGCCAAUGCAACAAGUUGAUAAAGGUGCCAUUAGGUUUGUUCUGAGUGGUGCCAACAUAAUGUGCCCUGGUUUAACAUCAAAGGGCGCAAAAAUGAUGACUGUGGAUAAAAAAACUGUUGUUGCUGUUAUGGCCGAAGGCAAACAGCAUGCAUUAGCUGUUGGGGUAACGACGUUAUCAACAGAAGACAUAAUCAAGGUGAAUAAGGGAGUAGGAAUCGAAAACUGUCAUUAUCUGAACGAUGGCCUUUGGCAAAUGAAACCAGUGAAAUAAGACUAAUUAUAUAAUGUAUUCAAGAUAUAAUGAAGGAAUCAUUUUGCACACAGAUAUUCUCUUAUCCAUUUCUACUUUAUAAUCAUUUUAUGUGGAAUACAAUUUCAGUGGAUAAUUUUUGUGUCCGUGAUUAGAUUGUAAUAAAACUAAAAACUACUCCUACAUUUUUACCGUAUAAAUUAAAGAAAUACACCGAAUGAAUCUCUUGAUAUAGAGACAGAUGGUAAAUGUAUUCCGUGUAGACGGAAAUAGUGUUUGUAAAAUAAAAAAUAUUUAAGCGGG